AUGGAAGUUAACGCCGCCGCCGCCUCUCCAGCAGAUGGUCGAAGCACCAGGAAAACAUCCAACGGAUGGUCAAAGGGUAGUCACGGUUCAAGAGCUUUAGCCGCAACAGCAGCAACAACAAAUACUACAACUACAACUACUAAUAAUACUACUUCUACAGAAACAGAAACAGUUGGUGGUGUUAGUGGUGCGGAAUAUGUAAUGAACACUCACACUCACUCCCAUGAUGCCAUUACACCAUUGCCAUUAAAACGAGGAGGAAGUCGUACAAGUAGUAAACGUACACCGCGAGGAGGUGUAAUGGGUCUUAUUGGAUCUUCUGUACGUGCAAGUCAAGGGGCAAGUGUAUCCUCACGAUCUCUUCAACAUGAUUCCUUUGAAUCUAGACAUUUGGAAACUCCCGCAUUAUUAAUCCAACAUGUGGGAAGUAUGUCCACUACUCUACGCAGAGAACAGGAAGUAAUGGAUCGGGAAACAUAUUUAAUGCUUUGUAUGGAACGGCAAUUUCGCCGACAUGAUCCCAUGCGUGGGUUUGAUCGUACAAAACAAGACUAUGUUUACUACAAUCAUCGCAGUAAAGGUUGUUAUAUUCCAGUGGAAAAACCAAAAGAUACGGCUAUUUUGACUUACAAUCACAUGUUUGAUUUUGGUGAUGGAUCUCGUUUUCAACGGAAUGAUGGGGGAAAGGCAUCUGCAAAUCCAGCUGUAAUAGAUUCAUUAAAAGGGACAUUUAAAUCUCUUACCAAAGGAAGUCAGAAAACUCUUCUAUCCAGUAAAUGGAGUGGUGGUAAGGCUUCUACAGAUCGUAAUGUUAUUCCUCGCAGUUCACCACAACGUCCAAAAUCACCAAGGACAGUUUCUGUGGAUUUGGCAAGAAGUUUACAAGUCGCUGAUAUUCGUAUUAAACCAUUUCGAAAACGCAUUAUUGUUGAAGAUGUCAUUGCUGCAGAUGCUCGUUCUAUAGCGAAAUCACUUGAUAGCAUUGGUAGUGUUGUUGCUCAAGGAAAAGUUAUGUGGGAAGAUGUACCGGAGAGUCUUCGCCGUUCAUUUGUGGAUGAACAAUCCCGUCGUACUGUAACCCGUGAGAGUAUGUAUGCAUCUAAUCAGAUAACGAGAAAUAUAAUGAAUGAAACACAAGAUAGUCGAUAUGGGGCUCCCAAAUCUCACGCUUUCAUAGACCCAAUGAAGACUUACGAUGAAGAAGGACAACAACAACAACUACAACAGUUACAACUACAAGAAGGAAGAAUUGAACAGAAACAACAGGUUGGUACAGAGCAAGAAACCACAAAACGAGAGCAAGUGGUAUUUACAGAUCACGCUGAUCAAGUACUAUUGGGAUUUAUGGAACAUGUUCGUCAACCUGUUAUUAGCGCAGAUGGGAUACCAUCCUAUUCUCGAGCCCAAACUCAGUCGGAAGAUGAAAAGGUGAUGACUGGAGAAACUGGAAAAAAAGUAUCUUCUGCAUAUAAGCAGAAUAAAGAAGGAGAGGAAAAAGAAAGAAAACAAAGGGAGCCGCAACCAAAACGAGGCGAUGAUGGUUAUUAUGAUGAUGAUCAUGAUCAUGAUGAUAAGCGUGAAGAUCGACCAGAUUCUCAAAUAGGAAAAGAACGUGUUGUAUUGCUCCCUCCUGUUGCCAUUGCGCAGAUGCGGGAGGCGGAAUGGUUUUCUCCAGUGACUUCACGCAAGCCGCAAACUGGCACAACAACGCCCAUGUUAACCACUAUUUCUUUGCCUGAACAUCCACUUCCAUAUGAAACCUCACGACUUCACUUUCGUCGGAAUUAUGAUGUGAAAGAUGCCAAGCCACUGCAGGGAACCAUACGAUGGUCCGCUGCAAAGGGAUUGAAAUGA